CGAUCGUGAAGCAGUCAGUGGUUGUUUCGUGCUCAAGUAGGUAAUACUCUCACGCAAGAAACACGUGCGAGUACGAAUGUCAAAAUGUUGAGACAAGUUUAAACAUAAAAUCAGUGUGUUUUUUACGAGAUUCUCUAAACUCAAGUAAAUCUCUUUUCGAGGACAACUGCCACUUUUUGUUUUUUUUAUUUAUUUAUUUUUUUUUUUCGGUAUUUCGGUACCUCUCUUUUCUUCGUUUUAACUCUUUACCAAGGAUACGUCGUUACUCGUCGAUCUAUUCAUUUGAAAGAUAAAAAUGGCAAAGGCAGGUAAACAUAAUCUGGGAUUUAUUGGAGACGAUGGCAGAAUUAAUGGUCAGACUAAUGGUAAUCUUAAAAGUUCGAAAAAAAUUGAAAAAAACGACGACAAUUUUAAUUUCAAUUAUGGCGUCGAAGAUAACAGAAAAGUUACUCAACCAGUAAUGGAAGAACUGACAAUAAUAGAAAAAGGUGUUGAAAGAGCUACAUGGGGCAACAGUAUCGAAUUUCUCAUGUCCUGUAUCGCCAUGUCGAUUGGUCUCGGCAAUGUUUGGAGAUUUCCAUUCACGGCAUAUGAAAAUGGCGGAGGUGUUUUUUUGAUACCUUACAUAAUCGUCCUUUUCGUCGUUGGGAAGCCCUUUUAUUAUUUGGAAAUGAUAUUAGGCCAAUUCACCAGCAGAUCAUCCGUUAAAAUAUGGUCCGCAGUGCCAGCAUUUCGUGGUGUUGGCUGGGCCCAAAUGUUUUCUAUGAUUGCCGUUGGUACUUACUAUUGUUCUUUGAUAUCAAUGACCUUAUAUUAUUUGAUCGGUAGCUUUCAAUCUCAGCUACCUUGGUCCACAUGUCUUCUCGAAUGGGGAGAUACGUGCGUUGAUUCCGUAAAAGCUGAAAAUGCAACAAUUCACAAUGGCACGAAUAUGAGAAGUUCCGCUGAAUUUUAUUUCACAAAAACGGUAUUGAAGGAAAUACCUAAUAUCGAUAAUGGGUUGGGUCUACCCGAUUGGAAAUUAGUCCUUUGCUUGUUUGUCGCCUGGUCAAGUAUUUUUGCUGUCCUUGUACGUGGAGUUAAAAGUUCUGGCAAGGCAGCCUACUUCCUCGCAAUAUUCCCAUACGUGAUCAUGAUAGCUUUGUUGAUCAGGGCGGUGACCUUGGAGGGAGCAAGCAACGGGAUAAUCUUCUUCAUUCAACCGAAGUGGGACAAACUGUUCGAUCCAAAUGUCUGGUACGCUGCUGUGACACAGUGUUUCUUUUCACUGUCAGUUUGCUUCGGUGGUGUCAUCAUGUAUUCGUCCUACAACGGCUUUAGACACAAUAUCUACAGAGACGUCAUGGUUGUGACCACUUUAGAUACCUUCACCAGUCUCAUGGCAGGAUUGACUAUUUUUGGGAUACUUGGUAAUUUAGCUCAUGAACUUGGCACCGAUGAUAUCAGCAAUGUUGUCCGUGGCGGGACUGGAUUAGCCUUCGUUUCUUAUCCAGACGCCAUUGCGAAAUUUACGGUCUUACCAAAUUUGUUUUCUGUAUUAUUCUUUCUAAUGCUCUUCGUUCUUGGAAUCGGAAGUGCUGUUGCACUCGUUGGAGGAAUCGUCAGUAUAAUCAGUGAUCAAUUUCCAAGUUUUACGCAUUGGUAUAUUGUACUUGGUACAUCUAUCUUUGGAUUCCUUUGUGGUAUUGUUUAUUGCACACCAGGUGGUCAAUUUAUAUUAAGUCUGGUUGAUUAUUACGCUGGCUCCUUUAUCAUUUUUGUCUUGGCUACGCUCGAAGUGAUGGGAUUUUUUUGGAUCUAUGGAUUAGAAAAUUUCUUAGACGAUGUUGAAUACAUGUUGAAAAGAAGGCCAUCGAUUUAUUGGAGAAUUUGUUGGGGUGUAAUAACGCCAGUCCUUCUAGCAACUAUUUUAAUUUAUACUAUCAUUGUACUGACACCACUCACUUAUGCUGGUAUCUUGUAUCCUACAAGUGCAUAUGCUGCCGGAUGGUUGCUAUUUGCGUUUGGUACAUUACAAAUCCCAUUUUGGAUGUUAUACACGAUAAUGUGUAAACGAAACUUGGGCAUGCCAAAAAUGAUCACAAACUCUUUCAGUCCCUCGGUCGAUUGGGGCCCAAGAAAUACUCAAGAAUUAGCCAGUUGGAAGGAAUAUAAGGAAAUGAUGAGAAAAAAACGUGAGAAACGUAAUUGUUCUAAAUUAAAACAAUUCGUUUAUGUUCUUUUUUGUUUAGAAGAGAAACUCGUAUGAUCUCGUUGUUAAAAAGAAAUCGAAUUUAUGUAUUAUUAUAACACCUCGCACGUACACAGACACACAUAAAUGCACGCGCACGUGCAUAUGCACACACGUACAUAUACAUUUCUUUUUUUUUUGACGACAUACAUUUUUUUUUUUUCAUCAAAAUGGAA